ACAUCGGUCCUCGACAGGCAGAGAGACACCGACCGUUCAGUACGGAGUGGCCUCCACAACCGACAGGGACGUCGUUUUGCCACCACCGACGACGACGACGACGACGACGACGACGACGACGACGACAACGACGACGACGACGACGACGACGACGGCGACGGCGACAAGAACGAGGGAGGUACAUGCGCCUCCCGUCGUCCAUUAUUUCUCUCUCUCUCUCUCUCUCUCUACCUAUCUUUCUUUUUCUCUCUUUCUCUUUUUUUCUCUCUUCCUUUUUGUCUAACAUCAAAGUUAUAUCAAAAUCAAUAAAGAUAAAUCGUGACAAGUGUUCGAUAAGUAUAACUAUGACACAGUGUUAAGAUUCUUGGUAGCGGAGUAUUUACUUAAUAGUAGUGAUAGUCGGAAGAACGUUCGUCAAUAGUGUUGACAAAGUGCCGUUGUACCGAUCGAUCGUGAUCGGUGGCGGUACCAAAGGCAAGUCUCGGAAGGCCGAAGAGAAAGAACGGCAGAGAAGUAGCGGACUUGGUGAAUCGAGUAAAAAUCGAUGGCCAUCAGCGCCCAUGGGCGGCCUCGCGUUUAGGACAAGGAACAGCCCCUCCCAGAAGACCUCGCUCCGGUGGGGUGACUGCUGCCCCCCAAACCCCAAUCCGCCGUCGUCGUCGGCCCUUUGGAAGAACCGCCAACGGGACAUGCCGCCGGUACCCGUCUGAGGCUGUCCCCCGUUGCUGCGUGAUUGUACUCCACGGGGUCUUCAGAGAUAUCCAAACGUUCCGAAAUUGGAUCGGUCACCAAAUCUCUGGGACCUCCGUUUCCGUCAGCUCGAACACACGCCGCUGGAACCGUACUCCCCGAAGAUGAUCAACAUCGCUGGCCUGAUCUCGAUCAUAUUGUUUUACGCGUUGAUACUUGGCGUUGGAAUAUGGGCAGCAAGAAAGAAAGAGUCUGGAAACGAUUCCGAGGAGGAGGUCAUGUUAGCUGGCCGUUCGAUCGGCUUGUUUGUUGGAAUUUUUACAAUGACAGCAACAUGGGUAGGUGGAGGAUACAUCAACGGUACAGCAGAGGCAAUUUACACGAGAGGUCUGGUCUGGUGUCAGGCACCAUUUGGAUACGCUCUAAGUCUUAUUUUUGGUGGCAUAUUCUUUGCAAACAAGAUGCGACAACAGGGGUACAUCACGAUGCUGGAUCCGCUUCAAGAUGCAUUCGGGGAACGAAUGGGUGGUCUUCUAUUUCUUCCUGCCCUAUGCGGCGAGGUAUUCUGGGCAGCUGGGAUCCUAGCUGCUUUGGGUGCCACGUUAGCUGUCAUCAUCGAUAUGGACCAGGGUGCCUCCGUCAUUCUAAGCGCCUGCAUCGCAGUUUUUUACACUCUAUUCGGCGGCCUCUACUCCGUCGCUUAUACCGACGUCAUCCAACUUUUCUGCAUUUUCAUCGGACUGUGGAUGUGCAUCCCGUUUGCCUGGGCCAAUCCAAAGGUAGAGUCACUUAGUUCCAUGGAGGUCGACUGGAUCGGCGAGGUCAAACCCGAGGAGUAUUUUUAUUACGUAGAUUACGGGUUAUUAUUGAUAUUUGGUGGCAUACCUUGGCAAGUUUAUUUCCAGAGAGUACUUUCAUCAAAAACAGCAGGAAGAGCUCAACUUUUGAGUUACGUUGCAGCUGUGGGAUGCAUACUCAUGGCUAUUCCUCCUGUUCUCAUUGGAGCAAUCGCCAAAGCAACACCUUGGAAUGAAACAGGUUAUCACGGGCCAUAUCCAUUGACGGAAACCGAAACAAGUAUGAUUCUACCAAUGGUCCUGCAAUAUCUUACGCCCGACUUUGUUUCCUUUUUUGGAUUGGGUGCUGUAUCAGCAGCUGUUAUGUCAUCGGCAGACAGUAGUAUCCUCUCUGCCAGUUCGAUGUUCGCUAGAAACGUUUAUAAGUUGAUCUUCCGGCAGCGAGCAUCGGAGAUGGAGAUCAUUUGGGUAAUGAGAGCAGGCAUAGGAGUAGUUGGUGUUCUCAGUACGGUGAUGGCUUUGACGAUACCUUCUAUCUAUGGGUUAUGGUCGAUGUGUUCCGACUUGGUUUACGUUAUCCUCUUCCCUCAACUCCUAAUGGUCGUCCAUUUUAAGGAGUAUUGCAAUACUUAUGGCAGCUUAUCAGCUUACAUAAUAGCAUUCAUGGUGAGGAUCAGUGGUGGUGAACCAUUGAUGAGUUUGCCAGCAUUGAUCCAUUAUCCUUGGUACGAUGAGGAAACCAAAACUCAGAUGUUCCCAUUCAGAACAAUGGCGAUGUUACUUUCCUUGGUGACAUUGGUUACCGUCUCGUACGGUACGCAGGUUGCCUUUGAAACUGGUAGAUUGGCGCCUGGAUACGACGUCUUUAGGUGUGUGGUAAACAUACCAGAAGACGUCGAACGUGUUGGACCAGAUCCAGCAGAAGGUGAACAAAUGGCAGUCCUUGCCGCAGGAGCUGGAAAGCUCUAUGGUAGCAAGGACGAAUCACACGGUCGAGUGAAUCCUGCGCUCGAACCGGACUACGACAUGGAGCCGGGUUAUAAGGCUGUCGGGUCACCUGAGGGGGUCGUCGAUGGCGGUGGAGGUGGGGGACAGUUAGGUCUUCAUGGACCUAAUGUACCUCGUCAACCACAAUCCAGCACCGCGUUCUAAUUCCUGGUUUCAUGAUCGGAUGCUGUGACCAACAAUAAGUGUGGCGGUGCGGGUACGUCUCUCUCUCUCUCUCUCUCUCUUUCUCUCUCUCUCUCUCUCUCUCUAUUUCUCUUUCUCUUUCACUAACUUUUCCUAUAUAAAUCUAUAUUUCUUUCUAUCUAUCUCUCUUCAGUAAUAUGCAUUAUAUUUUUUGUUAUUCUCUUUCUCUCUCGCUCUCUCUUUCUCAUUAUCCUUAUAUCUCAAAAAGCAUCGUCAAAAAGUGUUAGUUGCAUUCUAAGUCGGUACAACGAAUCCGUACAAAUAUUCCGUUCACAAUCCUACUUCAAGGCAUUUAGACGUCUACAUACGCGUUAUCGAGACUUCUUAUUGUUAUUGUUGAAACGAUUAUUUCUCAGAUGAGAAGAUACAUGAGAACGUGCUUUUGACCGUCCAGGUGAAAAAAAAAAAAAAAAAAAAGAAAAUGUGUCUAGAAACAAAAAGAAAAAAACAAAAAA